AUGCCUCAACCAUCAUACCGCCAAUCGAAGGUAGUACAGGAAAAGCGUCGAAGAGACGAGAUCAACGAGAAGUUGGAGACACUUCGCAGCCUACUUCAGCUGAAAAGCAAAAAGUAGGAGUUAGGGGACUGUACCCGGAUGUAAAUGGAACGUUUUCAGGCAAGAGGACAUACUUUGCAAAGUGAUCGGCAUGCUCGGAGGCCCAGAACUUCCGCCCGCCUCGCCAUCGGCCGCCGAUCACUCUUCGAGCGGAUCGAUCAAGAAGAGUUUGAAUGAUAUGAAAGCGGAAAGAGAAAGAAAGCGUCGCAGAAGACUCAUCGUCGCCAACGACGCCCUCACAACGAUCAUCCGAGAGAAGAAACUGGGGACGGAGCAGCAGAGAGCCAAGUUGGAGAGAGCGACGGUCCUCGACAUUCUCAUCCAGCACUUUGAGAAGCCUUCUCCUGUCACCCAGCCGUCGAUUCCACUCUUUCCGCUCUUCCAGCCGUUGCUCGCCAACCCACUCCUUCUGAAUCUUCUUCUCAAUGCCAGUCAGAAGCCACAUGACACUUCUAGUGAGAAAUUGAACGAAGACGAGUCCUUCAUCGACAUUAUCAACUGA